AUGGUCGAAUGUCCGAUAUGCCAAAAGGUUGUUCUUCUAGCCAGGGUCAACCAGCACAUCGAUUCUGAAUGCAAAGCGUUUCACGAACCUGGACCUUAUGACAGGCGAUGUCAUAAGCUGGCUGAACCUGGCAGCCUUCCUUGCAAAACUGGGUCUACCGAUGCUGUGGCCAAAGGCAGAGAACCCAGUUCAACUCAUCGGGAUAUACCAAUCCGAUCCUCUAUUAAAGACAAUGCGAAGCGACCGUCUAGUGAACAACAGUGCCGUACACAAGAGAACCAUACGUCGAAGACUGCAGUCAUUCAAUCCUUGGUGAAGCGACGAAAGCCGGAUAUUACUCCGUUGGCGGAAUCUGUUCGCCCGAGAUGCUUUGACGAUAUUGUCGGCCAGCAACUCCUCGUCGGGCCUAAUGGAACGAUUCGCAAGCUAGUCCAAACGGGAAACAUUCCAAACAUGAUACUCUGGGGAAGUUCUGGAACCGGAAAAACCACAAUUGCUCGCAUUGUUGCGUCUACGUUGAAAAGGAGGAUAUAUGAGAUCGAUAGUACGAUGACGACACAAACUGAGUACGCGAAUACUAUCACGAAGGCUUCGCAGGAUUUGAUAAAAGAACGAAAGCCUUCUAUUGUGUUUUGUGAUGAGAUACACCGUAUCACUAAGCCACAACAAGACAUACUUCUUGACGCUGUCAAAAACUGUCGGGUUGUUCUCAUUGGUGCUACAACGGAGAAUCCAUCUUUGGCAAUACGACAUGGCUUAGUGUACAGGUGUAGAGUCUUCACCCUCGCCAAGCCAACGGACAUAGACAUACGGAACAUGCUUCAUCGGAUUAUGGAGUCACAGGAGUUGCAAUCCCAUCUACUCGAGGAUGAAUUCAUUGGAUACCUGGCAAGUUUUGCCGAUGGGGAUUGUAGAGUAUCGCUAAAUCUUCUGGAGAUAGCUCAUAACCUCUCCAAGCGAGACGGGAUGACUAAAGAUAGAUUGAAGGAUUCACUGACAAAGCACCUCGUCUACGAUCGCGUAGGUGACCAACAUUAUGACACCAUUUCAGCCUUCCAUAAGUCAGUGCGCGGCAGUGAUCCUGACGCUGCACUAUACUACUUAGCAAGGAUGCUCAAGUCUGGCGAGAAUCCUUUAUUCAUCGCGCGCCGUCUUAUUGUAGCAACAUCGGAGGAUAUUGGGCUUGCUGAUAACAGCCUACAAACGUAUGCAACUUCGGUAUACUCAGUGCUUGAGAAGGUAGGCAUAGAAGAUGCACAGGCAUCCCUGGCACAGCUUGUCGUUAUGAUGUGUCUGACGAGAAAGAGUACUCGUUCAUACCGGGGCCUGAAUAACGCAUUCUCUUGUCUCAAGGAGCCUGGAGCUGCUGAUACACCAAUUCCAGCCCGUCUUCUUCCUGUUAGUUCAGAAAUUUGGAAGUUUGCGGGAGACAUUGAUCCGGGCCGUGAAUACGAUGAUGAGGCAACGCGGGGGAAAUUCCUUCCCAAUGCUCUGAAAGGUCGGAAGUUGUUGGACGACACGGACUUCUUAUUUAAAAGAGAUCCCGACAUAUCCUAUUAG